CUACUGCAAACACAUAAAUAAAGAUUGGCAAUUUUACACCACUAAUUUUGAAGUAAUGUCAAAAUUUCAGUUAAAGUAAGAUAUAGAACACCUUUAAAUAACUAAAAAUUAUGAAUGGUUAAAAACUUUUAUUUUCUUACUUUCAAAUAACAUUUAGAAAGUAAUAGGUUGGGUGUGUUAUUAUGGUAUCGUGUAUCACAUUAAUUUUGUAAAGAUGGAAAAGAAUAAUGAGGAAUCUUCAACUCCUGAGGCAAAAAAAUCAGACUCUACGGUUUCUGUUGACUCAAUUGAAAUUAUCAACGAAUUAUUGGAUAAACCCAUCAAAGAUAUCUCCCCUGACUCCCCUUUUAAUCAAGAUUCUGACUAUUGGAAGGUUGGAGAUUUAACACUUAAGCAUUAUUGUUUUUCAAAAAAAAAUGGUGCAGAAGAAGAUGAGCAAUGGUUAAUUGGAGGUCCUUUGGGCGCUAAAGGUGCCUUAUUGGUAUUUAGAAGUUCUGCUUUAGCUAAUUCUUCCCCUUUAUCAAUUCAACGUAUGCCAGCUUACAAACUACAUAUAACUUACAAAGUAUCACAAGCAGAAACAAAACUAUUAUCUAAACUACUAAAUGCUCAUGGUGUCUCCGAAAUAACCAAUAAUUCUUGUGAUUUCAACCUUUUGUGGACAGGUUCACACCCUCGCCCAGGUCUUUUGAGAUCGUUAACAGCACAUCAACGUGUCAAUCAUUUUCCCAGAUCAUAUGAAUUAACUCGAAAAGAUCGUUUGUAUAAGAACAUUGAGAAAAUGCAGCAUAUUAGAGGAUUAAAGAAUUUUAACUUUAUUCCUCAAACGUUCGUAAUGCCUGGCGAGUUUCGUGAUUUAUGUUUAGCCCAUUAUAGAGUUAAAGGUCCUUGGAUCGUUAAGCCUGUUGCUUCCAGCAGAGGACGAGGUAUAUUUAUUGUUGAAAGUCCUAACCAAGUGCCUUUGGAUGAACCUGUUGUGGUGGCCAAAUAUGUUAAUAAACCUCUACUGAUAAGAGGCCACAAAUGUGAUCUUAGAUUAUAUGUAGCUGUUACAUCUUACGAUCCGUUACUUAUUUAUAUCUAUGAAGAAGGAUUAGUGAGAUUUGCGACUGUAAAAUAUGAUCCAAACCCCAAAUCCCUCUGGAAUCCUUGCAUGCAUCUUUGCAACUAUAGUAUUAAUAAAUACCACAGUGAUUAUGUUAAGGCCGAUGAUCCAAAUGCAGAAAAUGUUGGCCACAAAUGGACUUUAAGUGCAUUACUUCGACAUCUAAAAACGGAGGGUAAAAAUACGUCAAAUCUGAUGUCGCAAAUUGAAGAUAUGGUGAUAAAAGCAGUUCUGGCAUCAGCCAGUUCUAUCGUUUCCGCUAGUCAAAUGUUUGUUCCUAACCCGGCUUGUUGUUUCGAACUAUUCGGCUUUGACAUUUUAAUAGACGAAGGUCUUAAACCAUGGCUUCUCGAAGUCAAUUUGUCCCCCUCGUUGGGCUGUGAUAGUCCCUUAGAUGUUCGCCUGAAAUCUGCUAUGUUGGCAGAUCUUUUAACUUUAGUUGGUAUUCCUGCAGUUGAUCCUGUUCUUAGAUCUCCAUCAACUACAUCAAAUACUUCAAACAAGCAUGUAAGACACAAUCAAGUGUACAGAAUGAAAUUUGCGAGUUGUCGAAGAGUCCAUUCGGCGGAUGGUUUGAGUUCAAAGCCCUCAUCGUCCAGCCAGAGCAGUCGACAUUCUUCCAAUUGUUUGUCUUUGACUCCGGAAGAGUCGCGCAUUAUUAAAUCGGCGAGAGCUCAGUUUGAGAGACGUGGGGGUUUCGUUCGAAUCUUUCCGACAAUCGACAGUUGGGCAAAGUAUUCCUGUUUUCUGGACACGAUAUCGGGAGUGCCAGUCAACGGCUUACCUACCGGUACUUAUGGUCUGGUCGUGCCUCAUAAUUACAAUUUGCUUCUCUUUCAACAUCUAUUUCCUGGCGUUCCUUUAACGACUAAAUUACACGAUAAGGAGAUAAACCGAUUGACUGACAGAAAAAGUAGCAUGGACAGAUCCAAAGAACCGAAAAUGACUAUCUCAAACCGUCAAGAUAGGUAUGAAAGGCAGCUAAGAGAAGGAUAUAAAUCUUCGUUAAACCAAGAUGAAAAAUUACCACUACCACUGAAGGAGACUCAGUCGGAAGAAAUAAAGAAGCAAGUUUUCGAGCUUAUGAAAAGUGGCAAAAAAUUAUCGCAAAUCGAAGCCCGGAAAAUGUUCAGUCAGUACCUUGUACGAAUACUAAGAAGACUAUCUUCUUCUCCCAAUCAAGAGGGGCACAUAGAAAUUGUAUUUCGAUUUUUACAAAGGGCAUCAAGUUACGUAAGAUUGCCAUUCUGUAUUAAAAUGCCACAAGCCAGUCUCCUGAUGAAAGAUAAGGCAGCUAUUGUAGCCAAACAGUUAAACGAUUUUCUACAUUUAUACAACAGAGAAACUGAACUUUACUGUACGGUUUUAGACAGUCCCAAUCAACUACCUACCGAGUUAUUUACAGAAUUUCUUGAAUAUGCCAGAGAAAGUGAUCUUGAAGAAGUAUUAGCAAUGCAAACGUUGCACACAGUGCCAAAGAGUCAAGCAAUCAGUAAUGCAUCUCGUAUACUUAAGAAUGUACCGGUCACAACGGUGCCUAUGAUUCCUAAAUUUUCUACUACAAACACCAAUAAGGUAAAGAAAACCCAACCGUGACUUUCUACUACAAUUUAAAAGAAUUUUACUUAUUGAGUAUCUACAAUCUGUUAUAUCAGACAAACACACAAGUUUUAAUAUUUUUUAGAAGUUUUUUCAACUAUUAAACCAAUUCACCAAAGUCACGAUAUUUGUACUGAUUGUGUUCCUUUUUUUUUGUUUUUAAUGUGUUCACAGUAAAGCACCAAUAAUUUAGUUUCUACAUUUUAGUAAGUUUUAGUAAAUUUAUAACUGAACAUUACACGACCUAAACAGUUUCAGCAGAAUCAAGUACGUACUUAUUUGUG